AUUGUCAAUAGCUGUGUUGAUCCUGAAUACGAGGAGACAUUUCAAUUUGACGUAUCUGUAGACGAUCUCUCACAUAGGUAUUGUAUUAGUCAAUUACAUGUAUAUACUUAUAAAAAUUAUAAAUAUACAAAAAUGACAAAUGUCAAAGAUCUAGAUGUGGUAGACAGGCCAAGUCCAUUAUUAAGACGAAACAAAAGUUAGUUAUUUAUCAUGAAAAUUUACUUAAACCUUGCCAUCAUGCGAUGGAGAAGUACACCGUUUAAAUCUACGAUACCUGCUGUGCUCUUUGUUGUAAGGGACUGGUCAAUAAUUAGAGGGGGAGUUGGUGUAAAAAUAGGGAAGGUCACCAAUUUCCAAGCAAAGGAAAAGGAGGGAGCAGAUGCUUUAUGGAAGCAAUAAAUAAGUAAUUACCUAUUUUGAAAAAAAAACCCAUCUCAGAACGUGUGCCUUUCAUGUAUUUUACAUGUUUUGAGAUGUAUUUUUCAUCUUUUGAGAUGCCAUGUCAUACAUACAUCGGCGGGAGAACUUAAUGUAAAUGAGCAAAGAAUUCUGAGAAUUCUAGAAUUUCUAGAACAGAGAUUUUAGAAUUGGAAAUUUUCUGGUGUGAGCAUGGCGCUCUUGGGGGCUUGUUUAGAUCUUCCGUCAUCUAUGCUAACAGUACAAAUAUAACAUGUAGACAUAAUUCAAGUUGAAUAUACAAUAUACUGGAAACAACUGGAUAGCAUUAGAUGUGUUCCAAAGAUUUGAAUACCAAAAAUAAUAGGAAUGGUUGAUACUGUAUCCAAACGGUAUCAAUUAUAAAGACAACAAUAUGUGUUUAUAUCGCGGCUUCAAAUGUGAACAAAACCUACAUACAAUAAACUUCCAAUAAACUUCCCAGUAGGUGUUGUGGUAGGAGGGGAGAGGGACAGCCCAAAAUCUGCCCCACUUUUGAGAGGGUCAAUGAAAAAUGAACAUUGCAUAUUUCAUUUGCACUAGCCCCCCGUCCCCCCCCCCCCUCCCCUCAUCCCCCUCUAAUUAAUGAGCGGUCCCUUAAAGUUUCAUAUUUGUUUGUAGAACAAUUAUUAUGCACAUCUACCGCGUCACUGAUGGCGAUGAAAAACAUAUUGGGAAUGUUAAUUUUAAUCUUAAAAGAUACAGUUCGGGUCAACGUUCAAGAAAUUGGUAUCGAGUAGUGGAUAUGGUAUACUAGUGUUGUUUUGUUGUAUUGUAUUAAUUUUUACGCACAUUUUAUCGAAUGAUUGGAAAUGUAAUCGAGCCAAAUAUUGUACAUGUUUUAGAUGUAUUUUUCAAGCCAUGAAAGGGAUGAAGCGAGAGAAUGCAACGAGCACAAACGCGGCGGAACGGGUGGAGGCUAGGGGACAAAGAUCGUCCCCGUCCCCCAAGGAAUAGAAUUGAGGGGGCUAAGUCCCCAGAUUAUUCGACAUCUAGAAUGCAAAAUUAACAAAACGACCUCGUCCCCCAGAACGCAGGAAAUUUGGGAAACGCGAGAUUCCAACAUUUGCCCGGGGAGCAUGUCCCCCUGAGCCCCUAGAGUUUGUCUGGCCCUCCCCCAACGAAACCAGUCUUCCAUUAUCUAUCGACGAACAAGUAAGAUUUUUUUAACCUGAAGCGAAGUUUGCAUUAGGACCUCUUGCUUUAUACUGUACGUAUCUUUAUUACUGAUUUUGCAAAAAUAAAAGCAAGCUAAAAAAAGUGCAAAUAGGUUGCCAUAUUUUGUUUGCAGCACAUCGUUUAUAUGUAUAUAGGGUAUAAUAUACCCACAUACUGAAAUAUGUUUUCAGAGCUUGCAGUUUUACUUUCGCGGAGCAUACCACAAAUGACUUAUAGCACAGCAUGGGUUUUCAGCCAUUCAAGGCCUUUUAGGGCCAUUGAACGGCCCUCAAAACUCGCUCUUGAAUUGAGUUUUGAGAUUCGGUCAGCUCAUCAAAAGUUUCAGUGCAGUAAAAAUGAAGUUGUUUGAGUUGUUUGUGAUGUGAAAAUAAUUUUCUCCAUCGGAAACCAAACAAAGUAAGAAAAAACCCGAACAUAUGUACCGCCUGCAAAUCGUUUCACAACGCAAGAAAAACCAUGCUUAACUCAAUUGUACUAAAUAUUAACUCCAAAAUCACAGCAAUUUGGGGCUGUUUCUGAAACUUCACUUCUCUACGGCUCUAUCCCCUCCCCUAGGGGGAAAGCUACGCCAGACCCGCAGCUUUUUGGUAAGCUUACUGUAAGUGGGAGCUUUACUUCCAGAUUUGGUCGAUUGAAGAGUAAAACGUUGGAAAACAUCACUCUUAGGUGCCUAACUUGAUUUUCGAACCUAUGUGAACUGCCCCCCGAAUACUUAUCAUUACCGUUUUGAUGAAAAUGAACCAUUUUUGGCACAGGUCUAGAUUUAGGCAUGUAACUUUCUAACCGUAUAAAUAUAUUCUCUCAGCAUCCAGCUGGAGUUCGGCAGAUUCUAAAAAUAUAUAGGUUCUGUGUAAACGAUUUGAAAACCUGCUAAAUAGUGAUGGUCCAAAUUUUGUGAAUUUUCAUGAUCAACUAUAGCGUGAAGCUCCCCCUUAAUCUUCUCUGCAAAAAUGGAUCCAGCAAAAAAUCCUGGAAAAAACGUUGCAGUGUUUCGUAAACGAAUACAAACGAGUAGUAUAGCUUGUUUAUCUUUGUAGAGAAAUACAGCGCGAGAACGAACACGACUUGGAGAGAGCGUUGUUGCUCAAGAGUUUCGUGAGGCGAUGUUUGCUCACACAUUAUACCAUUGUCCUUCGUUCAUGUUUCAGGAUGAUAAAACCGGGAAAAGG